AUGCUCAAAGGUUUAGGCGUUUCAACAGAUGGUUGGGAUCCAAUGUUAGUUAACUUAGUUUACUCGAAAUUACCCCACGAAACUUUAGCGCAUUGGGAGCAAUCUUUAAAUGCCAGUAGGAAAUUACCACCUUGGUCAGAUUUAAGUGAUUUUCUCUUAAAAAGAUGUGAAGUGGUAGAAAGAAUUUCUACUAUAAAGAUUACGAAAUCUCCUUCUCUCAACAAUAGUGAUUCUCAAUCACCGAUUCAGAUAUUUUCGGUAACAGCCAUUGUGCUACCAAAAGUAACGAACCAAAUUUCCUCCACCUUAUUUGAUGUUACAAGUACAGCUAAUCUUCCUGAUCUUGAUCUAGCCGAUCCUCACUUUAACAUAUCGUCACCUAUCGACUUAGUUCUGGGAAAUGACAGCGAACGCUUUAUAAAUCUGGAUGGAAUUAGAAGAGAUGUGUGUGGUUCGGCCACAGCAUACAAAACAGUAUUUGGAUGGGUUCUCAGUGGUUCGGUUCAAACAAAACCUAUAUUUUCGUUUUCAACAAGUGUCAAAUCAGCAGAAGAUAAUAAUUUAGAUAAAUUGAUCCGGAAAUUCUGGGAGCAGGAAGAGAUACCGUCAGCCCGUCCAAUCUCCUCUGAAGAUGAAUAUUGCGAACAACUCUACAGCCAAACGACGAAACGGUUACCUAAUGGUCGUUAUAUGGUCAGAUUGCCAUUCCGACAAGAUUUUCCAGAGACUAGAUUCCUUGGCCCAUCAAGAUUUGUCGCUCUAAGUCAAUACGUUCGGCUGGAGCAAACUUUAACAAAAGACCCUCUACUACAGAAUCAAUAUAAUGAAGUACUCAAAGAAUAUAUUACCUUAGAUCACAUGGAAGAAACAACGUCAAAGGAAUUCUUUUCAAAUGAGAAAUGCGACUCUUUUUACCUCCCACAUCAUGCAGUAGUUCGUCCCGAAAGCAAAACGACCAAAGUUAGAGUAGUGUUCAAUGCGUCCCGUAGAACAAAAUCUGGGUUUUCACUAAACGAUGUUUUAUACACAGGUCCCACACUGCAAGCAGAUCUAAUGACAGUAAUAAUAAAUUGGCGGUUUUAUAAAUUUGUAUUUAAUGGUGACAUACAAAAAAUGUAUCGUCAAAUAUUAAUAGAUCCAAUAGACAGACCAUUCCAGCGAAUACUUUUCCAAAAGUCCCCCCGGGAGGCUGUCAAAGAUUACCAAAUGAAAACUGUUACAUUUGGAGUCAAUUGUGCACCGUUCCUUGCCAUUAGAACUUUACUUCAAUUGGCCUCAGAUUCUCAAGAUCAGUUCCCAAAAGCAGCAGUAAUACUGCAAAAAGAAACUUAUGUCGAUGACAUUCUUACUGGAGGUCAUUCGAUAGAAAGCGCAUUAGAAUCACAAGCUCAACUUAUAAAAACGCUAGAAUCCGCUGGUCUUUUACUCAAAAAGAUCACUGCAAACAACUCCCAGUUGUUAACUUCUUUCCCAAAGAAGAUUUAUAUGAUUCAGACUUUCUUAAAUUCCACGACGCUAGUACAAUGA